AGGUGGAGUCAACACCUUUGGGCGGAGUUUCAAGAGUUUGACUCCAACCAUUUAAGAAUAUUACUGUUGUAUCUUGUCAACGCCUUCAAAAGAUAUUCUACGAAUCCAUGGGCACUAACAUGAAAAUAAGGAAAUACUUAAAGAAAAAAUUUUUUCUCUCCGCCUCACGUGUUUAGGGACUCCUACUUUUACGAUCUACUCCCUCUUUUUGUUCUCCUCGGCCUCUAUAGUUAGUAGCAAAAGUGAUUAUCCAAGACAGUUCUCGAGUCGCAGUCGUACCUGCAGCAAGAUAUUUGAAGAUCUUGAAGAUGUUGCCUACGCAGUAACAAGUAUUUGCUAACAUUUUAGAUCAUGUUGAUUUGGGGAUUAAUUUUGUUUACCGAAAAAAGUCUUUGGAAAAGGAUAAUGUUCCACGGGACUGGGAGCAGUAGCUAUGGUGGGAGUUCUGAGUACCAGCAGCAAAUACAGCAAGUUCAGCAACAUCAGCAGCAUGUUCAGCAACUUCAAUCUCCUGUUUAUGUGCCUUCAUCCCGACCUACGAUAUCCUCGACAACUUCUGCAACUCAGUAUCAUUCAUUUCCUAGUUCAGCUUCGCCUGGGUGGGAAAAAACAGCAUCUUGGCAGCACGGCGUAGAUACUUACACUCACCAUACUUUAGUCGGGCACACGGGAAACACUACUGGUAGUAUCGGAACGCACACUGGUCAUACGCAUAUACACUCAGGACAUUCUCAUUCAGCACAUCCUCAUACGACUCUUGCAGCAGCAGCAGCCUCACCAUUUUAUGCACAAAAUGUUGCGAUGAUGUCAUCAUGGAGAGCUUACGAUAGUGCGGCAUUCCAACGAGCUUCUCCUUAUGAUACGGCUAUGGAUUUUCAAUUUAGCGAGGGGCGGGAAUGUGUAAAUUGUGGAGCCAUUUCAACUCCGCUUUGGCGGCGUGAUGGCACUGGUCAUUAUCUUUGUAAUGCCUGCGGUCUUUAUCAUAAAAUAAAUGGUAUGAAUCGUCCUCUUAUCAAGCCCACCAAACGACUGAUUUCCGAAUUUCAGACGGCGACAAGGCGAUUAGGAUUGUGCUGCACAAACUGUGGCACACGUACUACAACCCUUUGGAGGCGCAACAAUGAAGGUGAGCCCGUAUGCAAUGCAUGUGGCCUUUACUUUAAACUUCAUGGAGUUAACCGGCCAUUAGCAAUGAGAAAAGACGGUAUACAGACGCGCAAGCGUAAACCCAAGAAAACACCAGAGUCAAAUGUACGCCAGCCUUCCACCGAACAUGACAAUAAUAUUUCCAAUGCUUCGUCACCAUCCAAUGAACCUAAAAGCAUUCAUAAUCAGACUCAAAAUCAACAACAGCAUAAUCAUCAUCUUGAUAGCAAAGUAUUAUCGACGAAUUUAACAUCCGUGUCAUCAGAGCGUUCGGUCUAUCUGGGACAUACAUCACUUCUGCCAUCUAGUGGAGAUAGUGCAGAAAAUACAAUCUCAACUGUGAAAACGGAACCACGCAGUUGCGACGGUAGAGUUAUCGGGCAAUCCUAUUCAGCAUAUUACCAACAUACGCAUCAUCUUAGUGUCCCAACGAGUGAACACCAACAGGUUAAUUAUUAUACUGCUCAGGAAAUACCAUACCAUCAAAAUCAUGUUACUGCAAAUGCUAAAUUGCUUGCUUCAUCUUAAUUAAAAAUUUUAAUUUUUAAUCUCUCUUUUGCUUCCCCGCACCUCUCGCGCUGUUUUUCUUAUAUACUUAUAUAUUAUUAUUUUAUUCACAUUGUAUUGUGUACAUCCUCAGUGAAAUAAAUUUUUUUUAAUGAU